AUGAGUACGACAUUGAGCACUCUAGAGAGAGGGAAAGUUCCAGCACAACCUCAGCCUAAUUCUCAAGUAUAUCGGCAACAACCACAACAGGUACAUAAUGUCUCAGGGGAUGUUAUUGAGACAACGAAAGUCGUUCUUACUUUGAGAGGUGAAAAGGACAUUCCCCAACCAGAGAUGACCAUUGACAGACAUGUAGUUGCUCUUACACCUGAAGAUACAACAGAGACUGAUGAAGUUAAAAAAAAAUCAGAGGUAGUGAGACCAAAGUCGAAGAAUCCUGUGAGUGCAAAUGUUGAAACUAGUAGAGGGUACCAACCUAUGGUUACCUAUCCUCAGAGAUUGGCAGUUGGCCAAAAGAACAAAUACCACGCUGAGAUUCAAGCGAUUUUCAAGCAAGACUUGUGCAUAGUGAAGAGGAAGUUGAAUGUAAAGAAGAAAACUUUUCUAAUGGAGCAAGUCAGUGCAUUGAUAUUGAGCGAGACUCCUCAGAAGUUCGGAUAUCUCGACUCUCACAACAUUUCCAUUAUGAUCAGUGAGUCACGCAUUAGGAAAUGUUUACUUGAUUUGGGGAGUAGUAUGAACUUGCUGCCCUUCUCAGUGUAUGAGCAGUUGGGAUUGGGUGAGCUGAAAAAUACCUCCAUUAUGCAACAAUUGGAUGAUAGGUCAGUUAAGGUGUCGAGGGGUAUUGUUGAGGAUGUGCUGGUCCAGGUGGACAAAUUUUACUACCCAGUGGAUUUGGUAGUUCUUGAUAUGCAGCAGCUAACCUCCACUAUUUAUCAAGCACUUGUUAUCCUUGGAAGACCAUUUCUAGCUACAUUAAAUGCUUUGAUUAAUUGCAGAAGUGGAGUUUUGAAGCUUACUUUUGGGAACAUGGCACUUGAGUUGAACAUUUUCAAUGCUUCCAAGAUGCUAGCACAUUUUGAUGACAUAAGUGAUUUGAAUGAUGUAGAGAGUUUGACACCAACAAAAUUUAUUUACUCAACUUUUCCUUUCUCUGAUGAUGAUUCUAUUUUCCAGACACGCACAAGAUCACAACCACAAAGGCAUUUUCCUGUGGUGAUUUCCUCGAAGUUAAAUCAGAAAGAUGAAACCCAGUUGAUUGAAGCCUUAAGAAAACAUCGAUGCGCAAUUGGUUGGACAAUAGCUGACAUCAAAGGUAUUGAUGCUGCUGUUUGUACCCACAGAAUCCAUCUUGAAGAUGAUGGUAGACUGGUUCGUGCUCAACGUAGGCUCAAUCCUACCAUGGAGGAAGUUGUCAAAGAAAGUGCUUAA